AUGCAGAUUGUGCAAUCUACUGAAUUUAUAUAUUCAGAUUUUGAAUGUGGGCGAAAACACAUUGUCUGCCUUGAGAGGAAGAUCUGUAACUGUGAGAGAUUUCAGAUAGACGAGAUACCUUGUGCUCAUGCAUUUGCUGUUUUCAAGAAGAAAAACAUUAUGGAUAUACAUCCCUACUGCUUAGAUUACUAUAAACCAGCUGCAUUGGCAAACACUUAUGAAGUUCCGAUGGUUCCAAUGCCGGAUAAGGAGGAUUGGUCAGCACCAGAGGUUGUUUUGCAAGAAAUCGUAUUGCCACCAAGAUACAAAAGGUUGGCUGGAUGA